CAUGACCCUUCGUCUGAUCAUUUGCCUUUCCUCCUACAUUCCCAUACUGUGACCGAUCUUGAUUCCACUACAUAAAACUAUCAUCCACACGAUCCCACCAACAAGCCAACCUCCUCCAUUACUACUGUUCUAUUCCAACCACACACCGACUCGAGACGACGUGCAUUUGCUCCCUUGAUACCCCAUCCACCCUUCCGCAGUUACCCCUCACAAAGCUCCCUCCUACAACUCUCACACAUACACGCACUUCUUCUCAACAACACCUCACAAUUCAUCAAAACCAAUCGCCAUCAUGUCCAACACUACCGUUCACGUCAAGAACAUCGCCUCGGCGACCGAAGACAAGGAGAUCAAGGACUUCUUCAGCUUCUGCGGCAAGAUCACCAACAUUGAGGUCACUCCCGCCGGCGAGACCAAGGAUGCUGCCGUCACCUUUGAAAAGGAGACGGCUGCCAAGACGGCUCUCCUGUUGAACAACACCCAGCUCGGCACCUCCCACAUCACCGUCACCAGCGCCGGCGGCGACCCCUCUGACGAUGCUCCCCACCACAAGGAGAACGCCAACCGCGACUCCGACGAUAUCACUCAGGAGGAGAAGCCUCGCUCCCGUAUUCUGGCUGAGUACCUCGCCCAGGGUUACGUCGUCGGUGACGCCGCUCUCCAGCGCGCCAUCGAGCUCGACAGCCAGCACGGUGUCUCCAACCGCUUCUUCAGCACGCUCCAGAGCCUGGACCAGAAGUACCACGCAACCGACCGCGCCAAGGCUACGGACCAGUCUUACGGUAUUACCGCCAAGGCCCAGGGCCUUUUUGGCGGCCUGAGCUCGUACUUUGAGAAGGCUACCAGCUCCCCAACUGGCAAGAAGAUUGUCGGCUUCUACGAGACGGGCUCGAGACAGGUGCAGGACAUUCACGCCGAGGCUCGCCGCCUGGCAGACCUGAAGAAGGAGGAGCAUGGCGGCAGUGCCCUGAAGGCUUCUGGCCUGGAGAGGUUCCUUGGUAAGGAGAAGUCUGUGCCUCCCGCCACUGGCGAGACCAUCGGCACCCAAUCUCCCACCAACCCCGACCCGACGACUGCUGUUCCCCUGUCGAAGCCGUCGGCUGCGACGGACGAGAAGGCAUCGUCGUAGAAUAAUGGGGAUGUUUGGUACGCAAAAGGUUAUGUGGAUAGGCGUUGGCUGGAUUGAUUAGGCACGACCGUUUUAUGACUGCUACGCAAGUGGUUUUCCCCAUGAGUACUCUAGCUAGUUACGACUUCGAAUGCAAACAUUUGGC